CUUUUAUAAUCUUUGACACUAUGUAACAGUUGAUGUCAAAUUUUGUCACCUAUAAGUCAAUUAUUUAUAACUUUUCUCAUUACUAUCCAUCAUUUUGAAAAUUGAGUAUGAAGUUAAAUAAUGUGGGAUUCAUUCUUAGAUAGAACUACUCAAUCAUGCGGCCACUUGAAUCAAAAUUCGUCGUCUUACAGGCACUUGAAAACCGAUAUUUUUUCCGUUGAAUCCCUCAAUUACAUUCCAAAAGAGAUACUGUGCCAUUUAGACCCAUUAUAUAUGAAGGAUACAUCUAAAUCGAAAGUGAGUACCAAAAAGGUAGAUACAAAAUCCCAAAAAAGUAGUUCAGGCUCGAAGCAAUGUGUUCCUGUUCCUAUAUACUACAAAUUUAAUACCGAAAUUACUGAUAAGAGAUGUAGAGCGGUCAGCGCUCCAGCUUGUAGAAGAAUUAAAGAUUGUAAAUGUGGACCUAAAAAUGGCAAAUUGACUGAUUUUGAUAAGCUUUCCAAAACCUUAGAAAAACUUAUACCAGAGUCAUCGGAACAGCAACCAGAAAAUACGCUUCAUUCUUUAUCACAAAAACUUGAGCACCGUAAAGAAUGUGAUACAUCGUCCGAAAAGAAACCCAUAAUUUUUCCUAUUCUGAAAACAACUGAUAUUGGAGACCUAUAUAUGUUAAAAGAGAAGGAACAUAAUGCUAUCAAACCCACAGAAACUUUAAAACUCAGAAAACCUUGCGAUAAACGCGUUUGUGGUGAAAAAUACUUUCAACAGGAUCGACGAAGUUUGCCGUUUUUCUGGCAAACCUACUGGUUUGGCGAAAGAGGCUCUGGUACGCGCACAAGAACUGGAGACGCACAAGAUUUUUACCAUCUUCGUGAUGAAUGUUUGGAGAAUAAUACUCUUUUUGAAGACCCCGUUUUCCCCGCUGAUGAUUCUUCUCUGUUCUUCAGUCAAAGACCCGAUAGAUACUAUGAAUGGAAAAGACCCCACGAAAUUUCUCCGGACCCAAAAUUUUUCGUGGAAGGUUUUUCCCGGUUUGACGUACAACAGGGAGAGCUAGGUGAUUGCUGGCUUUUGGCAGCAGCAGCUAAUUUGACCCUUUACAAACGUUUGUUCUUCCAAAUCAUCCCAGAUGACCAAGACUUCGAUGAUAAAUACGCAGGCAUAUUCCAUUUUCGCUUCUGGCAAUAUGGAAAAUGGAUAGACAUAGUAAUAGAUGAUAGGUUACCAACAUAUAGAGGCCAAUUAGUAUAUUUACAUUCUAAUGAUGAUGACGAAUUUUGGAGUGCUUUACUUGAAAAGGCCUAUGCUAAAUUAAACGGCUCCUAUGAAGCACUAAAAGGUGGUUCAACAUGUGAAGCUAUGGAAGAUUUUACAGGUGGAGUAACAGAAAUGUAUGAAAUGGAAUCAAGUCCUCCGAAUCUCUUCCAAAUUAUUCUUAAAGCUUAUGAUAGAUCUUCACUCAUGGGAUGUUCAAUUGAGCCCGAUCCACAUGUGCUUGAAGCCCAGACUCCCGAAGGGCUGGUUAGAGGCCACGCAUACAGUAUAACUAGAGUACAAUAUAUAGAUAUCCAAACACCGAAUGUAACCGGUAAAAUUCCCCUUCUUAGGUUGCGAAAUCCUUGGGGUAACGAAUCUGAAUGGAACGGUGCUUGGAGUGAUGGUGCCCCAGAGUGGAGGUUCAUUUCAGAUUCGCAAAAAGAAGAGCUGGGCCUAACAUUCGACAGUGACGGUGAAUUUUGGAUAUCGUAUAAAGAUUUUAUGAAGCACUUCAGUAGAUUGGAAAUUUGUAACCUUAAUCCUGAUUCCUUGUCGGAGGAAGAAUUACAGGAAGGCCAUAAGAAAAAAUGGGAAAUGUCCGUAUACGAAGGCGAAUGGGUCAGGGGUGUUACUGCCGGUGGUUGUAGAAAUUACCUAGAUUCUUUCUGGCGUAAUCCACAAUAUCGCGUCACUUUGACUGACGUUGACGAUGACGACGAAGAUAAUCAGUGCACAAUGAUAGUAGGAUUGAUGCAAAAGAAUAGAAGACAAGUAAAGAGCUCGUCAGGAGAAGAUUUGCUUACCAUAGGAUUUGCUAUAUACCAUCUUUCCCAGCCAGACAGGGUUCCCAAACCGCUCGAUAUGAAUUUCUUCCGUUAUAACGCUUCGGUAGCACGUUCGCCGUCGUUUAUAAAUUUGCGCGAGGUCAGCUGUCGGUUUAAGCUGCCGCCCGGUACAUACUGCAUCGUUCCGUCCACUUUCGAUCCGAACGAACAAGGCGAAUUUCUGCUCAGAGUGUUUACGGAAAAACAAAACGUCAUGGAGUAUGGUUACAAUUAUAAUAGUACUAGACAUUACGGCGGAAAUGAGGUGGAUGAGGAAGAGGACGAAGAGGAGAGGCCUACGGCCCCCUCUUUUCCUGAACCUCACAGCCCCAGUUCCUUUCAUAGCGAUCCUUUUCCGAGCUAUCCCGGAGGAGGGUAUUCCCAUCCACAACCUAGUCAUCCUGGGUAUCCGGCUUACCCUCAGCCUAGUUCUGCUGGGUAUCCUCAGCCUAGUUCUCCAGGGUAUCCUUAUCCAGGGUACCCUUCGCCUGGAUAUCAAUCAAAUUCUGGUGGUUAUCCAGGGUAUCAACAACCUCCUGGUGGUUAUUACCCUCCUCCUAAUCAAUAUCCUGGCUAUCCUGCUCCUAAUUACCCUCCUAGGCAAUCUGCUGAAAACAAUGAUCCUAUCAAAGGCAUUACGAAUUUUUUCAAUAAGCUUUUUAAAUAGUUUUUUUUUGCUGGCUUGUUAAGCGAGUUGUAAUUAAUGUUACCAUCUCAAGAUAAUUAUAUAAAUUAGUAAAAGAUGAUAUAAUUCAACAUUGUCUUUAUUCUUUUACUAAAGCACUUUGAAUUUUUGUAUUAAUUGUAUUUUAGGAUUUUUAUAUCAACAUACCGAUGACGUUCUUAUGGUUGGCUAUUUUUCAAAGCAAGAACAAUUUGUCGAUUUUUUGUUUCUAUAAAAAAUGAAAACGACUUAGUACUUGAUGGAAUUAAAAUAAAAAUGCGUGAUACUAGAUUUAAUGUUAUUAAAAAGUUUUAAUACAAAAAAUUUUGAAUUUUCAAAACAGUUUGUUCGGGAAUCAAUAUUUUUUUAAUUCAUUUAAUGGUUCUGGCGGUAAUCAAGUAACCAAGACUUUUUGUUUUGAUUCCUUAUUACUGUCUACAGUGUUAAUGGAUAAAAAUAAGUUUCCUUAUAUUUUCUGGGUUGUUAAUGACAAUUUUCCUAGGAUUAUGAAAAUAAUGGCAGUUAAUUUGUUUCUUUCAUUGAUGGAUAAAUUAGGAAAAUAAGGACCAAGAUACUCUCAUUAGAAAUCCAACCGUGAAUACCGUAGAAUUAUAUAUAACAAUUAAUUUUGAGUUUGACAAUUUUUCUUUUUUGAAGCAAAAUAUUCAUUUUGUCUUAAUAAGUAUUAAUUACUUAUAUUUUUGUAUUUAAAAAAAAAAUAUAGUUCAGUAAAAUAGAUCUUGGAAUCAAAAAAGUUUUGAGGAAAUAGAGGAAUUUUUGAUUUUGCCUACAAUUUUUAUUCAAAAUCUCCCCAUUUUUCAAAGAGUUUUUUCACAUUUGCUCACAAAUUUUCGCACAUUUCCUCGCAAUUUUUCCUCAAAUUCCUUCAUUCCUCACAUUUCCAAGCAAUUUUUUUACAUUUUCCUUCAAAACUUCCACAUUUCCC